AUGGAAGGUGUUGCAAACUUGCGAGUAUAUUAUAACGGUGAGGUUGUAACAAACACACAUGAAGGAGUCACUUUUGUUUGUGAAUGUCCGUUGUCAUUUGCCAUUCCAUGUACCAUGGGUUUUGUCGAGUUACAAAAUGGUCUUUGUAAUAACAUUCAAAGCCACAUUUUGAAAAGGGUGAGCAAUCUUUUAUACAGAAGUCCUGUGCAAGUAUUUGGUGGCUUAAUACAGUUUCAAAUAAUGCCCAUCACUGACGAUGCCAGUAUGCAGCAGAUGUUGUAUAUUUAUCAACAAACCCGAUCUCACGUGCCGAUGAUAGAGCUAUACGUUGAGUUUGAACAGCAGCCGGGGACGAGUAUGGUCGACGACGAGAUCAAUUUUGAUGAGCUCGGGGAUAUAGAUUGGGAAGAAGAUAAUAAUGACAGUGAAGACGAAUUCGAAGCUAACUAUGAAGUCGAUGACGAAAACGAUGACGGAGACUUGGCAGGCAAUCCGGCGGUGCAAGAUGAAGCAAAUGCGAUUGUAAGCCUGCACCCGUUUGGUGUUCCAUCUUUUAUGCGGACUCUAGAUCUCGAAGCCAUGCAUGCUCCGGAAUUUUCUGAGUAUGCGAAUACAGCUUGUCUGACUGAUGGCGGUGCGCAUGUCGUAGGUGAAUGUUGCGGCGGAAGAUGGCGAACAUUCUAUGCGAAAUGCAAGGGGUAUGGUGCAGGGUGUGACUGGCUUAUCCGAGCUAGCUUGAUUCGAAAAAAAACUUGUUGGGAGAUCAGGAGAUACAAUGGCAAGCACACGUGCACCAUGGGCACGAUUUCACAAGAUCAUGCAAAGUUGGACUCAGACACAAUUGCAGAUGCCAUUAGGCCAUUGGUCGAAGCAGACCCCUCGAUAAAGGUGAAGUCUGUUAUUGCAGAAGUUCAAGGCAAGUUCAACUAUACUGUGAGUUACCGUAAGGCUUGGUUGGCAAAGCAGAAAGCUGUCGCAAAAAUUUUUGGCGAUUGGGAAGUUUCUUACCAGACUCUGCCAGUAUGGUUGAAAGCAAUGACAGUGAAGAUGCCAAGGUCUCGUGUUCAAAUUAAAACGCUCCCCGUUUACCGUGAGAGUGAGGAGGUUCAAGGUGUAAGAGUUCUGCACCGUGUUUUUUGGAGCUUCUAUCCGUGUAUUGUAGCAUUCAGACAAUGCAAGCCACUGGUGCAGGGCGAGACAGCAAACGCGUGGGAGUUUUUUCUAACCAAUUUGUGGAGAUAUGUUGUUACCAUUGAUGGUGUGGCUAUUAUUUCUGACCGCCAUACCUCCAUCGACGCUGCAAUAGCUCGCAGUAACGGUGCAUGGUCACCACCAAGGGCGUGGCACAUGUAUUGCAUCAGGCACAUCGGGUCCAAAUUCUUAAGGAGGUUCAAGGCUCCAUAUUUGCACAAACUUGUGGUGAAUACAGGCUAUUCUAGGACGGAGCAGGAGUACAACAAAAACUACCAAAGGCUUAAAGAGCGGGGUGAGGCAUAUACUCAAUAG